AUUCAGGGCUGCGAUAGUUAAUACAUAUAUUAGAAGCUUUGAGAAACAUAAAGUUUUCAUACAGAGGAUCUUUCCUCCACAGAAUGAAAAGAUGGUUGAUUAAUUACAUGAAUGAGUGAAGGUAGUUAUAAGAAGUGCUUCGAAUCUUACACUCUGUAUUGGAUAAGGUUAGAGCCUCGCCCUUUCAUGCUUAUAUAAGUUAUAGGCGCGUGAUGCCUUCUUAGUUCUACCUCUUUUUGCUUUUAAAAAUUAUUAGCUUUCGUGCGAACAGUUUCAAACUGCAAUAUGGAUGCUCGGUGUUUUGCCUGCGUGUAUGUAUUUUUGGAAGAUGUUAUCUGUACAAUUUGGAUGUAAGCGUUUCUAUAAGGUAGGAAAGACAGUGUUCAACUGGAUUCUUUUACAGUUGUUAUCUCUUACGCGGACGAAUACCUCGGUGAAAAGGCUUUGAAAUGUGAAAGAACAUAACGUAAGGCAAAUGUUUAGAUUAUAUUUUUGUCUUAUGAUAUGAACAGUUUCGAAGUUGAAUAAAAGACUUGAGACUAAAUUUAACCGACACUUACAACUGACACUUUCGCUCCGAUCGAAACAAUGAGCAGUAAGACUAAGAGUGUGGCGCCUGUUAGGAUUUAGACACUGUUCUUUGACGUCAUCAACAAACGGUGGUCUGAUGCAGGGUAUGGAUAAGUAAAACUUGUUCUCAAAUGGCGGACUGGCAAUCAUUUAGAGUCUGGUGGUUAAAAUGCUUUACGUUGAACCUUUUAAAUAACGUAGUCUCACAAUUAAUGAGUGACUCGGCAAAAAAGGCUGUCUCGUUCUUUUCAUUCUCUCUGAGGAGCUGUCUGUGCCUCACGCAGAGAAGUAUCAUUCGUGACUGGCUGUAGCCAUGCCCGUGUCCACGGGGUCAUCCGAGGACCAGUCAGACCUGGAGGAGUUGCCCUUAUUCCGUCCGUUUACCAAAGAAUCCUUGGCAGCCAUCGAGGCCCGGAUUGCUGAGGAAGCGGCGCGGAAAAAAGAGCUUGCCGAAAAGGAGUUAGAAGAUGCUGCGACUGGAGAAGGCGGCGAGAAGGAAACACAGGGAGGAGGAGGAGAAGAAGCAGAGAGAAAACCUGAAAAAAACCUUGAGGGUGGAAUGCCCCUUCCAAAACCUCUUGAAAGGGAUUUUCCGACUGAAUUGUCAGCAAUACCUCUUGAAGACUUGGAUAAAUACUAUGAGAACCAAAGAACAUUUAUAGUUAUUAGCAAAGGUAAAGACAUUUUUCGGUUUAGUGCCCACAACGCUCUUUGGCUUCUCAGUCCUUUCAAUCCCAUCCGUCGUUCAGCCAUCUAUGUUCUCGUCCACCCAGUAUUCAGCUUUGUCGUCAUUGUUACCAUCCUUGUCAACUGUGUUCUUAUGACCAUGCCUAACAAUGAGAGCAUUGAGCAGUACGAGGUUAUUUUCACAACAAUAUACACAAUUGAAUCAUGCAUCAAAAUGUUAGCUCGUGGAUUUAUACUUGAUAAGUUUACAUAUCUUCGAGAUCCAUGGAACUGGUUAGACUUUGUUGUUAUAUCCCUUGCGUACAUAACAAUGGGAGUAGAACUUGGGAAUCUCAGUGUUUUGAGAACGUUUCGUGUACUUCGAGCCUUGAAAACAGUAGCUAUAAUUCCAGGUUUAAAAACCAUUGUAGGUGCUGUGAUAGAGUCUGUAAAAAACCUGAAAGACGUAAUCAUUUUGACUGUGUUUGCUCUUUCUAUCUUUGCCUUGCUGGGAUUACAGGUUUAUAUGGGUGUGCUUACCCAGAAGUGUAUCUUACAGUGGCCCACAAAUAUCUCAGAUUUGGAAUAUCAAAAUCAUGUUUCAAAUGACACUAACUGGAUAAAGGAAAAUGGAAAAUAUCAAUUAUGUGGAAACAGCUCUGGAGCAAAAAUUUGUCCUAAAGGGUCUGUAUGCCUGCAGGGUUAUGGUGACAAUCCUAAUUAUGGUUAUACCAGUUUUGACACAUUUCCGUGGGCACUUCUAUCUGCAUUCAGGUUAAUGACUCAGGACUAUUGGGAAUCUCUUUAUCAAAUGGUGCUAAAAUCUGCUGGUCCGUGGCAUAUGCUCUUCUUUGUCUUGAUCAUCUUUCUGGGGUCUUAUUAUCUGGUCAACUUGAUCUUGGCUAUUGUGGCUAUGUCAUAUGAUGGGUUACAAAAAGAGGCUGCGAAAGAAGAAGAAGAUGCUGCUGCAGAAGAGGCAGAAUAUGCUGCUAAACAGGCUGCAAAAUUGGCACACGAAGAAGAGGCUGCAGGAAGAAAGGGUGACAAUGUUGUAAACAGUCCAUCAGAGUUUUCAUGUCGGUCUUAUGAACUUUUUGUUGGUCAGGAGAAAAUGACUGAAGAAAAAGACAUGAAAGAGAGAGCUAGCAUAAAGAGUGCAGAAAGUGAGAAUAUGUAUGAGCUAAAGCCUCGAAUAAAUGGUAAAAUCAGAAAGGCCAGCCUUAGUCUUCCUGGCUCACCUUUUAACCUGCGUAGAGGGAGCCGAGGAAGUCAGUUCAGUUGGCGUAAUGGGGGUCGUCGCUUUGGAGACAAGAAGCCCUUGGUUCUUCAAACGUACAGAGAUGCACAAGAGCAUCUUCCUUAUGCAGAUGAUAGCAAUGCUGUAACACCCAUGUCUGAAGAGAAUGGUGCCAUAAUUGUACCUAUGUUCACCAACUUGAAUUCACGACACUCAAGUUAUACCUCUCAUUCCUCUCGGAUCUCCUACACCUCCCACGGUGACAUGUUUAACAAAAAUGUCACAAAGGAGAGCCAACUGAGAUCUCGCUCAAAGAACCUUCAAGGACAUGUUCAUGAGGAUCCUCCAUUUGAAGGUGAGGACUGCAUAACAAAACCAAAACAGACAGAUGAUGAUGCAGCACAGAAACAGACUGUUGUGGAUAUGAAAGAUGUGAUGGUUUUGAAUGAUAUCAUUGAGCAAGCUGCAGGAAGACAAAGCAAAUUAAGUGACCAAGAACAAGAAGAGGAAGAAGGGGAGGAAAUGAAGUUCAGAGAUAGAUGUUUAGCUGAGUGCUUGAAAUACGUUGACAUUUUUUGUGUUUGGGACUGUUGUUGGUGUUGGAUUCGCUUUCAGCAGAUUAUUUCCUUGAUUGUUUUUGAUCCUUUUAUGGAACUUUUCAUAACCUUAUGUAUUGUUGUUAACACUCUUUUCAUGGCCAUGGAUCAUGAUAAUAUGGAUCCAGACUUUGAUAACGUUUUAAAGAAGGGAAACUAUUUCUUUACCGCAACUUUUGCAAUAGAAGCUGCUAUGAAGCUCAUGGCUGUGAGCCCAAAAAAUUACUUUAAGGAAGGAUGGAACAUCUUUGAUUUCAUUAUUGUAGCCUUGUCCCUAUUGGAGCUAACCUUAUCUGGUAUCCAAGGCUUGUCAGUACUUCGAUCAUUCAGAUUGCUUCGAGUUUUCAAGUUAGCCAAGUCUUGGCCCACUUUAAACCUGCUAAUAUCGAUUAUGGGCAAAACUGUUGGAGCCUUGGGUAACCUGACAUUUGUUUUGGCCAUCAUAAUCUUUAUAUUUGCUGUUAUGGGGAUGCAGCUUUUUGGAAAGAACUAUGAUUUAAACAAACAUUUAUUUAUUGAUGGGAAAGUGCCUCGCUGGAAUUUUAGAGACUUUAUGCAUUCCUUCAUGAUUGUGUUCAGAGUCCUGUGUGGAGAAUGGAUAGAGUCCAUGUGGGAUUGUUUGUUGGUGUCUGGCUGGUCAUGCAUCCCUUUUUUCCUAGGAACUGUAGUCAUUGGUAACUUAGUGGUACUGAAUCUUUUUCUUGCCUUGUUGCUUUCUUCAUUUGGAGCAUCUAAUCUCUCAGCACCAACUUCAGACAGUGGUGACACUCAGAAGCUACAAGAGGCUUUUAAUCGAUUUUCUCGGGCAUCCAGAUGGGUUAAAAAUAAUGUUCUUUCACUUCUAAAGAGUAUGAAACCAAAAGCGAGAAACCAAAUUGGUGACCAAACACCAGACCAUCGAGAAGAUAUGGAAGAACAUCUUCCAGUUGGAGACAUGAUUGCUGAUGGACAGGUUCAAAUGAAGGAAAAGAGAAGUCCUAAGGAGCUCACGGAUGUAGAUGUACUGGUUACUGAUGGGCUAGAGAUUGCUAUUCGAGGAGAUGGCAAAGCUGUGACAGUGAAACUUAACAAUAAACCAAUGAUGAAUUCUGUCCACCCACCAGCCAGAGAUGAACACAAGGACAAAAUAUCAGACAGAGAGUUAGAUAACAAAAAGAAGUCUUUAUCUUUUCCUGUUUCUGCCAAGGAGAAAGAGUAUCUGGGUGUUAAGGUAUUUCCACAGAAGGAUGAUGAUACUUUAAGUGUGAAAUCAAGUGAAAGUAUGAAAGAUUGGAAAGAUAAAUCUAAUUUUGAGAAGGAACAAAGUCAAUCAUCUUUCCAUGAAGAAAAAAAAGAUCUUAGUAAAGAAGACCUUGAGGGAAGUGAAGAUUUCCUGGAACACUCAGAAGAAAAUCCAGACACUGAAAUUGCAGACUCUGGGAAUGUAGACUCCACUGCAGAAGAUGUGAUUGUGGAUGAAGAACCUACAGAAUGCUGUCCUGACUGUUGCUAUGUGCACUUUCCCUGGUGUGCAGGAUCAGAAGAGUCUCCACACUGGCAGUCUUGGGAUAAACUUCGAUCUAAAAGUUUUCACUUGGUGGAGAAUAAGUACUUUGAGACACUGGUGGUUACUCUGAUCAUGAUCAGUAGUUUAACUCUGGCUCUUGAAGACGUUCAUCUUAAACAUCGUCCAUUACUAAAGGAGGUUCUUGUAAUUGUAGACAAAUUCUUCACAGUAAUCUUCUUUCUGGAGAUGAUUUUGAAAUGGUUAGCUUUUGGCUUUAAAAAAUAUUUCACAAAUGCUUGGUGUUGGUUGGACUUUGUCAUUGUCUUGGUGUCAGUGGUCAAUCUUGUGGCAACAAUGGCAGGUGUAGCGAAGAUUCAAGCCUUCAAGACAAUGCGAACUCUUCGUGCUCUCCGACCUUUGAGAGCCCUUUCUCGUUUUCAGGGAAUGCGGGUAGUAGUGAAUGCUCUCAUCCAGGCCAUACCAGCUAUUUUCAAUGUGUUGUUAGUUUGUCUCAUUUUCUGGUUGAUAUUUGCCAUAAUGGGUGUCCAGAUGUUUGCUGGGAAGUAUUAUCGAUGUCUUGAUAAUGAAGGAAAUCGAGUAAAUUCCUCUUAUGUGCCAAACGAACAAGCCUGUUCAGCCAGAAAUUUAACGUGGGACAACCCGAUGAUUAAUUUUGAUAAUGUACUGAAUGGAUACUUGGCACUUUUUCAAGUAGCUACCUUUAAAGGAUGGACUGCAAUUAUGGACAGUGCAAUUGACUCUAAAGAACCAGGUGAUCAACCAGAAGAUGAAAUUAAUAUCUACAUGUACUUGUAUUUUGUCUUCUUCAUCAUCUUUGGUUCCUUCUUUACUUUAAAUCUCUUCAUUGGUGUUAUCAUCGAUAAUUUUAAUGAACAGAAGAAAAAGGCAGGUGGUUCUUUGGAAAUGUUUAUGACAGAGGAUCAGAAGAAAUAUUACAAUGCCAUGAAAAAAAUGGGAUCAAAAAAGCCGAUGAAAGCUAUUCCACGACCUCGAUUAAAGCUGCAAGCUUUUGUCUUUGACCUGACUACAAAUACCAAAUUUGACAUGGCCAUAAUGCUGUUUAUCAUGCUGAACAUGAUUGUGAUGGGCAUGGAACAUUAUCAACAGACAGACACCUUUGAAUUGGUACUUGAGCGUCUUAACAUCCUCUUCAUCGCUGUCUUUACUGCCGAAUGUGUGCUGAAAAUCUUUGCUCUACGUUUGCAUUACUUUAAGGAACCUUGGAAUGUCUUUGAUUUUGUUGUAGUUACACUUUCUAUUUUAGGAGUGGCACUGAAAGACCUGAUUGCUGAGUACUUUGUUUCUCCAACUUUGCUGCGUGUUGUUCGUGUUGUUAAAGUAGGUCGAGUGCUGAGAUUGGUCAAAGGGGCCCGUGGAAUACGGACGCUACUUUUUGCACUGGCAAUGUCCUUACCUGCAUUAUUCAAUAUUUGCCUUCUUCUAUUCUUGGUCAUGUUUAUCUUCGCUAUAUUUGGAAUGUCAUUUUUCAUGAAUGUAAAGCAUCGCUAUGGUGUAGAUGAUAAUUUCAAUUUUGAAACAUUUGGACAGUCAAUGAUUAUCCUCUUCCAAAUCUCCACCUCUGCUGGCUGGGAUGGCAUUCUUUCAGCCAUUAUUGAUGACAAUGACUGUGACAGUGGAACAGAUACCACUGAAGGAAAUUGUGGAAAUAGAGGCAUUGGUGUUGCUUACUUGAUUUCGUAUUUGAUAAUUAGCUUUUUAAUCAUCAUUAAUAUGUAUAUAGCUGUCAUAUUGGAAAAUUAUAGCCAAGCCACAGAAGAUGUGGAGGAAGGCUUAACCAAUGACGACUAUGAUAUGUACUACGAGAUUUGGCAGAGGUUUGAUCCAGAUGGAACUCAACUAAUCAAAUAUGAAGUGCUAUCAGACUUUGUAGAUGCCCUUGAAGAUCCCCUACAGAUUAAAAAGCCUAAUAAGUACAAACUCAUUGCUAUGGAUAUCCCAAUAUGUGAAGGAAAUACGAUUUACUGUGUAGAUAUUUUGGAUGCUUUGACAAAGAACUUUUUUGCCUCCAAAGGUCGAGUAAUUGAAGAGACAGCUGAGCUAGCUGAGGUUGUACCUGCAAAGGAACACAGAGAGUUUGAAGCAAUCAGUAGUACUCUCUUACGGCAGAGAGAAGAAUAUUGUGCACACGUAAUCCAACAGGCUUGGCGACAAUAUAAAGGGCUGAUUCAAAAUGGCCCACCUCAUCAGCAGACUGAAGUUGUUGUUGAGAGUGAUGGUCACAUCACUAAGAAUGGACACAAAGUUGUGAUCCAUUCUAGAUCACCCAGCAUUACAAGUCGAUCUACAGAAGUGUAAAACUUCUCUGAAAGUAUGAGAAGAAAAGAAAUAGGCUUGUAGCCAAUCUGGUAGAGAAAGGAGCUGUCCGUCGAUAACAGUUGGAUCAGGUUAUAUUUUUAUAUUCUUUAUGCAGAAGCUACUUGCCACCAUGCUUACAAUGCCAGUGCUUGGUUGAUAUAAAAUAACCAGGGUGUUGCCAUUAUUAUUUUUCUACAGAAAUUGGUUGGUGUUACAGUCAAUUUAUACUGUUUAUAUGCAAAACAUUGACAGAAAGCAUUUGUUUUGUAUAAAAUAUUUAGUUUAAAAUGUUUGAUGGUGGACUAUUUUUGUUGCAUUUUAAGUUUUGUUACUGUACAAAUUAGAACAUGAACUUCAAUAUUUAUGCUUCCAUUGUUAAGACUGCUGUUUUCCUCAAUGUUGUUUUAAAACAUUGUACUAAAUUUGUUUACUUGGAGUCAAUGAAUGAAGCUUCGAAUCACCAUAAUUAAGACUGAAAUUGCUUGUUUUGCUAUCCAACUAUAUGGGUGAUUUUUAGGAUUGGCUGAGAAAAAGUAAAGCUCAUAUUUCUAAGGAGUUCUAUACAAAGCACAUACUGAAAAGAAAACCUUGAGACAUCAGGCCACGUUUAAAAACUGCUGUAAGUGACAGUUUUGCAUGAAAUGCUGAAAACUAGUGAACACUUUUAUAGAAUGUCAGUCAAAUAGUCGGUAAGAAGCAAAAAAUUACUUGCAUAUUUUUAUUUUGUUCAAAAAAUAAAAGGCAUUUUUGGCAUUAAUGUUCCUGACAGUUAACAGAAAAUUUGAAAGAGCAAUAGUAGUCUCCAAGUCUGUUUUUUUUAAGUGAAGCAUUAAAUUGAUUUAUUAGGUGUUAUACAUUACACGGUUUCCUUUUUGAAUAAAAUUAAUACUAACUAAAUCAUUCUCUCUCCUUUGUUUGCUUAAAAAGAAGAUGGUAUUGAAUUGGAAGAAACUGUGAUAUGGUUAGGAAGUGUGAUAUAUAUAUUACCUUGAAAGUUUGAAAAAAGUUUUAUUCAGUGUUUAUUUUUAAGUUGUUUUAAUAUCAUCACUCAUUAAAUGCUCAAUUUUAUUGUUAAUUGCUCUUACACAAUCUAAAAAUCUCCCAUAUAUGGAACCAGAUCAUUGAAGUGUUAAAAUGCGUAUGAGAUACCACGCUUAAUUAUUUUGCACCACAGAAACUGCUGGCCAUGUUUAAAUUCUUGUUCAGUCUGUGCCUUUAUGUAGAAGUUGCCAUUUGAUCAAUGCCACUCAGUUGGUGAAAUCAACAACAUAUUGAAAGUUUGCUCUCAAAACCUGUAGAGAGAAAUUUUAACAAGAACAAUGUAAUCUUUGUAUAUGAUUCACAGGAAUAUACAAACCACUCGAUGUUAGCAAAGUGUGUGGUUAAUAGAUAUAGCCCACUAAUAGUUGGCAAACAGUGUACUCUGAAGGAACAUUCUAGUCUUUGGCUGUAAACUUAUAUAUAGAGAGAAAGAUAUUUGCACAGAGUGAUAAAGAGAAAAAAAAAGAAAAAAACAUUGUGCAACUAAGAAAGGUAAUUAAUGUCUAACCCUAUGGAAGGUAUUUAUCCAAAGUACUUUGACCAAUUUCCCUGUGUGCUUCUAGAUAUUACUUUUGUUUAGUUAUUGUAUCAUUACUGACAGCCUGCACGUGCACUUUCUUGCCUUUUAUUACCACCUUUUUCGACCUCGCUGUCAGCAAAAGAUGGUUAUGGCAGGAAGGGGUCAAUUUCUUAAGCUGUUUGCACCCUUACCAGAUCUUGGUGGUUUUUAUGUGAGAACCACAGUCAUGUAUAUGCAUCAGUCUUUUCACUUGGAAGUAGAGAAUAAGAUGAAACCAUAUGACAUUUUGGCUGUGUUUAGUGAACAUGACUGAUGCUGGAUUCUACCAGAAGGUUGCUCCUUUAUCGACAGAGCAGCCAGGUGGGGGAAACCCCCCCUCAAAGUGGCUAUUUUGUUUCUCAUGUGCCUUUGUGAGUUGUAACUUUUCCAUCCGGGAUUUUCAUGCAUUUGCAGUGUAGCUAUUUAGGAAUAUUUUAAUUUUUGCUUUUUUAUUUUGCAAUAAUUUUCUUAAUCAUCGGUAAUUGUCUUUCAAAGCUCAUGUUCUUCAUCUUAAAAAAUAACCACUGUAUGAUUUAUUAAGAUGCUAAAUCAAAUGCAGUUGAACUCUUAACAUUUCACUAUGCAUAUAUUAAGGCUAAGUUUUGUAGCUUUAAAGCAGUGUAGUAUAUUGACUAAAAUUUUUUUUAUUGAGAAUAAAAAAGAAUCAUUUUAUGCUAAAUGCAACAUUGCUUCCUAAAUUAGUACUGGAAAUCCACUCUCAUUCUAGAACAGUAGUAUUGUAAUAAAUCAUAAGGUCACUGAAACUUGAUAGACUGCAUUGUGUAGUGCUACUAGAAACAUUCUUUUAGAACUAGUUAGUACUCUCAUCCUAUCACUGUUGUACCAGAAACACCUCUUAACCUUUUUUCACUUAGUUCACAUGCUCGUCUGUUAAAUUCAGGCUGUCAAACAUAUUUUUUCUUUGUAAAUGUUUCAAAUUUCACAAUUUGUAUCAUAUUAUCUGUAAAUACAUCAUUGAAUAAAUUUUGAUAAUUUAUCACAAUGAAUAAA